AGCCAAAUGAAGUGCAACUAUUAAUUGUUGCUUAGUAGAUUUUUACCGCUGAUGGAAGCAGUGCUGAUGUAGUUCAAGAAAAUAAGGGUGCAAAGAAUAAAAAUUUACAGUUUUAGAAAAAUUUAUAUGAAAAUUUAGAUUUUGAUUAAAUAUUCUAAGCAGAAAUAUGGCUUGGUUUUACGCGUGCACUAUUUCCGGCAUACUUGUGCCGAUCUCGCUGUGGUACACUUACUAUCGCUAUAAAUUUAUCUACUUCGAUAGACGAGGAAUUCCGCACAUAAAACCUGCCAUGCUGAGCUACAAGGAGCGAUCGAAAGAGUUAAUACACGGCGCCUACGAAAAGUUCAAAGCAAGUGCGCCGGUUGUCGGUAUAUUCUUGGAAAACGCACCUGCUUUUGUCGUGCUCGACUUGGAUCUGGUGAAGCGCAUACUCAUCGAUGACUUUCAAAGUUUCUCUGAUCGGUUGAAUGAAAAUGAAAUCUACUCGCCAGAUAAUGCCAAAUGGCAGUCAAUUCUCCGUAGGCUAACGCCUGCCUUCUGGUCGGUAAAGAUGGCUCAUAUAUUUCCGAGCGUCAUGAAGGCAGCUGAGUGUUUAAGAGGUAAGUCAAGUGGGCUCCUACCAAGCGAAUAUGUUACAAUAGACGUGAAAGCGCUCUUUACACGUUACGCGGCAAGCGCUUUGCUGAGUUGCGUUUUUGGCGUUGAGCUGGAUGAUGCAAGUGAUUCGGCAAUGGCGCUACGUUUGCGCAUCAAAGAGCUAUUAGAGCAAGAAUGUAAGACAAUAUUGUCUAGUAAAGCUAAGGGGACGCUGGUAUAUGCCGAGUGUACAAAAUGCACACAAGGGCAAGCGGAACGAGAGGAAUUUGGGGAGCUGGAAGAGGUUGUCCUUAAAGCAAGAAUUGAGAAAAGGCCGAAUGAAGCAAGUAACAAUAAUAUACUGCAAUUACUCGCCGAAAUGAUGGCUGAUGACGAAGAGGGGGACAGCGAAAUCAAUCGACUCGAUUAUGAAUUGGCCGCAAUGCGUCUGGCCGUACGAUCACUUGCCUUACUACUAACAGGCUUUGCACACUUGGCGUUAACUUUGGUGCACUGCGUACGUGAGCUGGUGGAAAAUACAGAAGUUCAGCGUGAGUUGAGGCAGGAAAUAGUGGAUGUGUUGCAAUCCAAUGCAGAUCAAUUUAACUUUGAAGCCUUGGGGCGCAUGCACUACUUGGAUCAGGUGGUGUCAGAAACUCUGCGAAAAUAUCCUGCAACCGAGCUGCUCAUACGCCGCACUAUGCGCGAGUACCACAUACCGAACACUAUGCACGUCAUCGAGCGUAACGCCACUGUACUGGUGCCGGUGUAUGCCAUACACCACGAUCCAAGCAUUUAUCCGGAGCCCGAGCAGUUCGACCCGGCACGCUUCAAUGCAGCCGCAGUGAUGACACGUCACUCAUGCGCUUACUUGUCGUUCGACGAUGGACCACGCACCUGUUGGGGCAAGCUCUUGAGUACAAUGCUCAUUAAAGUGGCAGUCGUAACGCUGCUGCACCGUCACACAAUAGCGCCCAGCGAGGAUGUGCAGCAACCGGUGGAAGAACGCAAAACAGAUGAAGAGAGCAUUAGCGAAGUUAUGGUGAAGCUGCAAAGAGUUUAAAUACAUUGAGCUUGUAAUUUAAGAAUAAUCAUUGAUUCAAUCAACUUUAUUUAUUUAUUCGCGUUUCAGAAAACAUUAUCGUGUUAUUUUCGUAAUUUAAAAAUAAAAUAAUCUUAUGCAGAAUU